ACAUGGCAAAUGUCUGGAACAUAGUAGAAUUCGCCUUUCCUUUUGUGCCCUUCGCGAUUUGCCGAACCCGAAUACAAUUUUCAAUUCACCCGGCUCUUCCAAAUCUUUCAAGAGUCCAAAUCUGUAAGUAUCGCCAAAAUCUACAGCUUCACAACAUCGCCACUGCCUCGUUGGAUUACAUUUCACCCACACGUUUCUCAGUUUUCAUGCUUUCAGGCUGAGGAUUUUUGGUCAGAUUUGAUCAAUUGUGAGGUACAGUGCAUGUGAAUCUUGUUGUAGUAGUGAAAUCUUGAAGUGAGUAUUGCUUAUUUUGGUUGGAUAUUCACCUUACAUUCUUUGCGCUGAAUAUAGUGUUCCUGAUUAUUGAUUCUUCUGGUAGUGGUGUUUGUAUUCCCUUGCUUGAUUAGAUACUUGUUUGGAUUGAUCUAUUGUAGAUCCCUAAACAAAAUUUAGGACAAAAGGAUAUAUAGCAGUUAUAAGUGCACUGGUUCAAGUUUUUGAGAUUGAAAGGGGUGUAAGGGUUCCUUUCCAAUGGGGAAACCACUGUUUUAUGAGAUAUUGGAGAAACCAGCUACAAGUUGUGUAAUAGCAAUAUGUAGUGCAAUUUGGUUUUACAUACAGAAGAAAAACAUUGGGUAUUCUCAUGUGGGGUUGAGUUAUGAGACUGCAUUGGAAGGGCAUCAUUGGAGGAUAAUAACUUCUGCUUUUUCACACAUAAGUGUGAUCCAUCUUGUUUUCAAUAUGAGUGCACUUUGGAGCUUGGGAGUUGUUGAGAAGUUAGGGCACAUAGGUCUUGGUGUGCAGUAUUACCUACAUUAUACUCUGGUCUUGGUCAUUCUGUCUGGUAUGCUCGUCUUGGGAAUGUAUCAUGUUUUGAUUCAGAGGUUUAAGCUCGAAUAUUUUCGAAGAGUGACUGCCGUGGGGUAUUCUUGUGUGGUGUUUGGGUGGAUGACAAUUCUGUCAGUGAAGCAGCCGUCGUCAAAGUUGGAUCUUUUUGGGUUUCUUUCGCUCCCCAUAAGUUUUGCACCGUUCGAGUCGCUCAUAUUUACCUCUAUCAUUGUUCCUCAAGCGAGUUUUCUUGGGCACUUAUCAGGAAUCGUUAUUGGUUAUGCAAUUGCCUGGGGGUUGAUUCAUGGAAUGAACAAUUAUUGGGCGAUUUCAAUGCUUGGAUGGAUAGCUGUCGUGUUUACUUUCAGUUUGAAGAAAUCUGGGACAUUCGAUUUCAGCUUUCUCGAGGUUGAAACCAUCACAGAUUCUUCCUUGCCUUCAGUGAGGUUCCUUGCUGCUGGAAAUGGGAGAACUUUACAAAUGGCUUCAUUACCCGAUGCUGGCCCGAACCUUGUAUAGCCCCUCGAUUUUUGUCUAGUGCUGAACAUAGUUGAGAAUUGCAUUGUAUAUGGGUAUUAUGUACUUGGAAAAGUUGCAUCAUGAACUAUGAUUCCUCUCAUAUCAUCAAGCAUUCAGGAGUGGCAUCAUGAACUAUGUUUCUCUGCCAUGCUAUGGUUUUUGCUGGUAGCAAAUCUAAGAGCAAUUGUUUAUUUACACCCCAGAUUCAAUCUGUUUAGGAAUGUGAUUAUGGGACUAGCAUUUGCAAAUCUAUAGAUGUUUCCUUUGAAGUUUGAAUAUCUGUUAUUUGUGGAGCAUACUAUAUGAGAUCACUUCAUUAUAUAAUUGUUAUUGCCACUUUUUGUUGGAGA